AUGGCUCACGAUGGGAUGUCUAGAGAGGAAUAUGAGGAAUACCAGAAGCAGGUGGUGGAGGAGAAGAUGGAGAGAGAUGCAGAAUAUCUAACUAAAAAAGCAGAGAGGGCUUGUCUGAGGACGUGUUUAAGAGACAAAUACAGACUUCCCAAGAGUGAACAGGAUGACAUCACGAUCCAGCAGGCUGGAGAUGAUGUUGAUGUGCCGGAGGAGCUGAUGAAGAUGGUCGAUGGAGACGCUCCACAGGAGGAGGAGAAAGAGUCCAUCAUGCAGAAUCUUCAGAACAUGGAUGUGGAUCAGCUGAAGGAAAAAGCUCAGGCCACAUUUGUGGAGAUGAAAUCCAAGGCUGAGGAGAAAUGCACCGUUAUGUGA